AUCAUUUGACCACAAAUCAAAUUUGCUUACAAUUCAGUUAAGUCUUCACACUGUUGUAUUGUGUCACUCACAAAAACAGGCAACGUUGAAGUCUUGUUCCUGGGAAAGAUCUCCCAAAUCAAAAUGGGAAGCCCAAAAAUUCAACCAUUAACAAGACCCAAAUCAAAUCUUUCACAUCCCAUUUUGAUCCUAACAUUUUCAAUUACAGCAAUUGCAUUCUUAUUCCUAUUCUCAUCAUUCAUUUCUACAAAUGGGUUUUCUUUGUCUUCUCCCAAAAUCAUCCCUAAUGUCAUUGAUAAACCUAAAUCUAACUCCUUUGAACAAAAUGAAAAAUUCUUGUAUUGGGGUUACAGAAUUGAUUGCCCUGGUAAACAUUGUGAUACUUGUGCUGGUCUUGGUCACCAGGAAUCUAGCCUGCGUUGUGCCCUUGAAGAAGCAUUAUUUCUUCAAAGGACUUUUGUGAUGCCUGCUCGGAUGUGCAUUAACCCAAUACAUAACAAGAAAGGGAUAUUGCAUCAACUGAGUAACGCAAGUACAGAUGACGAGUGGAUGGCUACCUCUUGUGCAAUGGAUUCUUUGUAUGACUUGGACCUUAUGUCCAAGAAGAUACCCGUGAUUUUAGACAAUUCAGAAUUGUGGCAUCAGGUAUUGUCAACAACUAUGAAGCUGGGAGCCAGAGGUUCGGCCCAUGUUGAAGGGGUUGAUCGAGUGGAGCUCAAGGAGAAUUCACGAUAUGCAAACCUCUUGCUUAUAAAUAGAACUGCAAGCCCUCUAGCAUGGUUUGUGGAAUGCAAGGAUAGGCUAAACCAUAGUGCUGUUAUGCUGCCAUAUGAUUUUCUUCCAUCAAUGGCAACCAAGAAACUACGGGAUGCUGCUGAUGAGAUAAAAGCGAUGCUUGGUGUCUAUGACGCUAUACAUGUUCGUCGGGGUGAUAUAUUAAAAACAAGGAAAGAUAGAUUCGGUGUUGAACGGAGCCGACAUCCUCAUGUUGAGAGGGAUACAAGGCCCGAGUGUAUUCUUCAAAGAAUCGCAAAAUGGAUCCCAUCAGGACGCACCCUUUACAUUGCAUCAAAUGAGAGGAAGCCUGGAUAUUUUUCGCCCCUUGGCGUCAGGUACAAAUUAGCAUAUUCAUCAAACUACAGUAUGAUCUUGGAUCCUGUGAUCGAGAAUAAUUACCAGUUGUUCAUGAUAGAUAGACUCGUUAUGAUGGGAGCGAAAACUGUCAUCAGCACCUUUAAAACCGAUGGUUCUGAGAUGAGUUUGAGUGAUGACCCGAAGAAAAAUACUGGGGGGUGGAUGGAAGUUGUUCGUACUGAGAGUUGCUGAAGAUCGAAGACAAGCGAAUCGUCUCAUCAACUUAUUUCGCUCUUGGAACGUUAAAUAUGACUGAUUAGUGUGCAAACGUCCACCCUGCAUCGAUAGUGUGUGUGCAUAACAACAGAUGGAUUCAUGAACCGAAGAGAAAGACUCGUUGAGGGGGCUUCUAAGCUUCCCCGUUACAUAGUUUUGAAUGUUUAUGAUCAAGGGGGAUUCAUGAACAUGAACACUAAUUCAUUUAUGUUCAGUCCUUGUCAUGUAAUUGUAUAGAAUCAAGUUUUUUCAAGAGUAAAUUGAGGAAGGGGAAGAGAUCAGUGAGAAUUGAACCUAAUUUGUUCAUAGGAAAGUAAUACAUGCUUCAAGUGAGAUCAUACAUAACCUUUUUUAUUUUUACUGCCAACUAAUGUUGCUCAAUCCAAUACAUAUAUUGUUGUAACUUAUAAGUCAACAAUUGAGGAUCAAUUAUGCACUUUUUUUUUUUUUUUUGCA